AAGUCUCUGCCCCCAACUUUGUUGAUUGACACAGGACUAUGGCUCCUCCUUGAAACUUUUUUUCUUCGUUUUUCAGCGUUGUGCGUUGAUUUCAUACCAAAGUCAUACUUUACAUUCCACCUUUACUGUCAAACCCUGAGAAAUAUUUAUUGAAAACAUAAAAGCGCCCGAAAAAUAAACUGUUUAAAUGAGGAAACUUUUUACAAGCGCUUGAGCAGGGAGAAGUGCGGAUCAGCCAAAGUUUGUCGGCACUUCGCUCCCAACUUCCCUGGGUUUUUGUGGAGGGGGUGAGAGCAGAUCCUUCUUUUUUUUACCAGGGACUUGAAAGAGAAAACAAAAAAAAAAUCAGUCAACUGGAGGAUUGCUUAAGUAAACGCAAUUGCUUAAGCACUUUUUAAAUAAUUUUAUAGCCGUCCUCAGAGCGGGGCUCGCCAGCGGGCCCAAGCGGGAGCCGCCACGAUUGCGUCCAACGAGUGGAGUGCUAACGGCAGCCCGGAGGAGGGCCGGGAGGAUGGGGCCGAUAGCCUGGACAAGGCCAUGGACGGGGACGCUGAGGGCGUGUGGAGCCCCGACAUCGAGCAGAGCUUCCAGGAGGCCCUGGCUAUCUACCCCCCAUGUGGCCGGAGGAAGAUCAUCCUCUCGGAUGAGGGCAAGAUGUACGGCCGUAAUGAGCUGAUAGCGAGAUACAUCAAGCUGCGGACAGGAAAGACCAGGACGCGGAAGCAGGUCUCUAGCCACUUGCAGGUUCUUGCCAGGAGAAAAUCUCGCGAGAUUCAGUCAAAGCUGAAGGCCAUGAACUUGGAUCAGGCCUCCAAAGACAAGGCCCUCCAGAACAUGGCGGCUCUCUCGUCGGCGCAGAUCGUCUCGGCCAGCGUGAUGAAGAACCAGCUUCCCCCCCUGCCGCAGCCCCCCUACCCGCCGCCUGCCAGGUUCUGGCCUACCCCCAUCCCUGGGCAGCCUGGCCCCUCUCAGGACAUCAAGCCGUUUGCACAGACCCCCUAUCCCAACCUACCGGGACCUGUCCCAACACCUAUAUCAACCUACGAGCCCCUGCCCACCCCGCUGCCCCCGGCCGCCACAGCAGUGCCCGUGUGGCAGGAUCGCACCAUUGCUUCCUCCAAGCUCCGCAUGCUGGAGUACUCGGCCUUCAUGGAGCUGCAGAGGGACCCCGAAACGGUGAGCCCGCCCCCGUACAGCAAGCACCUGUUCGUGCACAUCGGGCAGACCAACCCCUCGUACAGCGACCCACUUCUGGAGGCCGUGGACAUCCGGCAGAUCUACGACAAGUUCCCGGAGAAGAAGGGCGGGCUGAAGGAGCUCUACGAGAAGGGCCCGCAGAACGCCUUCUUCCUGGUCAAGUUCUGGGCGGACUUAAAUAGCAGCGGCAUGCAGGACGGUCCUGGCUCCUUCUAUGGCGUGAGCAGCCAGUACAGCAGCACCGACAACAUGACCAUCACUGUCUCCACUAAGGUCUGCUCCUUCGGCAAGCAGGUGGUGGAGAAGGUCGAGACGGAGUUUGCCCGGGUGGAGGGCGGAAGGUGUGUGUACCGGAUCCACCGCUCCCCCAUGUGUGAGUACAUGAUCAACUUCAUCCACAAGCUCAAGCACUUGCCUGAGAAGUACAUGAUGAACAGCGUGCUGGAGAACUUCACCAUCCUGCAGGUGGUGACGAACAGAGACACCCAGGAGACCCUUCUUUGCAUAGCGUUUGUGUUCGAGGUGUCAACGAGUGAACAUGGGGCGCAGUACCACGUUUAUCGACUUGUCAAGGACUAGGGGGUCCUCUGGGGGGAGGGGGGUGGGGUGGCAGCAGGGCUUGGGGGCUGCCUCAGAAACAUUGAAAAACCAAAAAAGAAAGAAAAUCACACUCAAUUACACCCACAGAAACUCUCUCACACACACUCAGAAACUGACGCACACAUACACAGCAACCUGGAUGACAGAACAGAUGGGUAUAUGUAUAUUUUAUAGUACAGUGGGUAUUUUUUACUAUCAUUACUAAUUUUGUAAAAUAGGAAUUGUAUGAAGUAAAAAGAAAAAAAAAAGCAAAAAAAACAAACUAUGCACUACUUUGUGUAAGGGCAAUUUCGAAUAUACUCUGUUUAAAAAACAAAGCAGGUUGCAUCAGUUAAUGUUCCUUAACUGUUUUCAGGGAUGACACUAAUCUUUAUUGUUUGAGCUGAUGGAUUGAGGAAGCAUAACAGGAGGGUUUUGGCGAUGUCCGAAGGAGCAGACGCAUCGCUAUCGGAAGCUGAACGCAUCUUGCGGUGGUGUCGUGGGAUGAGGCAGUAAGAAGAUGAGAUCGAGCAGAAGAAGGGAAAUCUGAACGUGGAGACGAUAGCUUUCGAGCCAAGUGCAGGGGGUGUCGGACUGACUCUGAAGGCAGAGUUUUUGCCCCAGAGUGCCUUCUUGAACCCAAUCACUACCUCUUGUCUUGGGUGAAGCUAACCUAGUGUUUCUCAUCCCGGUCCACCGGGACCCAUAGACGAUCCACGUUUUAGAUCCCUCCCAGUUCUCCGUCAGACCGUCCACAUUUUCCACAUGACCGUCUAGGGCAGAGGGUGGCCGAUCUUACCCAGAAAGGGCCGCUGUGUGUGCAGGUUUUCGCUGCAACUCCCUACUUAGAUUGCAAAUUAGAGGCCUGAUUGGCUGAAAAGUCCUCACAACUUAGUUUGACUUAAAGGUUAUCCCAAAAACCAGCACACACACCGGCCCUUUGCGGAUAAGAUUGCCCCCCCCCUGCUCUAGGGGUCCCCUAGACCUGGGCUGAGAAACACUGAGCUAACCCGAGAACACCAAGGGGAAGACGCCAAAGGAUUUGUGCGGACCGGAGGAGGCCGUUCUCCUGUUACAUUCUAGAUGCCUGAAGCGAACUACCUGCCUGAUCUCUUUGGAGAGCACAGGAAAAUGAGGAGGAACUUCACAUGAUGAGUGGAUGGACAGUGCAUUGAGUAGCAGUCUGAUCUGAAGCCACACCAUGAAGCAGAUCAGUUACAGGGGCCGGCUGUGGAACUGAACCUAGGUUAUGUUUUUUUUUUAAUUGGUUGUUUGCUUGUUUUUCUUAACUAAUACAGAGUAAAUGCAAAAUGGGGUUGAGUGUAUCUACCUCCUGGCUCUUUUUAAAAGCCUUAAACUAAGAACCUGAUUGGAUUGCCAGAAACAGGGUACUGAGCUCAGGCAAGUGAGGAACCCUGAUUUCCAGCACUUACUGCUCUCUUGCCACAGGCGUACGUUGUAUGUAGCUACCUUUGCUCUCACACUAAUUUGAGGGAGACGAAGAGUUUUAGUCAAAGGUACUGUGAAGUCAAAUGCAGGGUAAAUUACUCAAAGAUGUGGAAUUUUUAAAAAUUUUUUGGAAGCUAACUUUAUGUAAAAUUAACCAUUUCUUACCAGCUUGGCUACAAGCGAUUGGAGGGAAUGUUACACAGCAGCGGUAAAAUAUUUUUUCCCCCCCACCCCAUGAUCUGUAACUGAGCACUAAUUUUUUUUUCCCAUUUAAUGUAUUUACUCGCUCAAUAGACUUGGUGCAGUGAACAAAUACGGUUUUUGCUCAGCAGUCAGAAUUGAUGUGUUGUCGGCCCACUCAGGCCGACACACAAGUCUCCUGCAUCUUUUUAUCUCAUAAUGAUCAGCAAUAAAGCACGACACUGCUGCAAAAAGAGGAUCUUUAUGGAUGUAACUGUUUACCUUCUAAUGGAAUGGUGCACUAAAGGUAAAGGGGCGCAGAGUAUUAAACACAGGUCUCAUUUUGAGAUGUUUAUUUUUCCUCUGACCGAUUAGCUAAUGGUAGCUGCACCCUAAGUUCUUUGUGUCUAUGGAGAGGUCAUUUGAAGUUUGGGGACUUGCAUCCUAUUGGACAGUGGGAAGACUGUGGAGAAUUGGGAACAUGGACAGAGAUCCAGUACGCCUUACCGAAUCUGCAGACGAAAGUGCGCUUCACUCAAGGACUUUGUACUCUUUCAGAGGAAUUUGAUCGCCUUGCUUGCCUUAUUCAUCCCUGUUUUUCUUCCCCCCCUAUCUUUCUGUUUAUAGUGUCUUGUCACCAUGUAGCAAAGGGGAAGUGGCAGUUGCCACCACUCAUAUUAUGCUGUGCUGUGACCAUGCAUUUCCUCCUGAACGGGCCCGCAUCCAGGGCGAGAAUGAGGUUUUACAAUUGUUUUCGAGUUUGUAUGUCUCAGUAGAUAUGAGGUAAACGCUCCUUCCUGAAGUGUGGAGAUAUGCAAGCAUUAGAAGUGGGUGAGCAGGUGGCUUAGGGUAAGGGGAUAAAUGUGAGACGGACAGCUACAGUCUUCAGUCAAGGGCUUCCCCGAGCUGCCAGGUGUCACAUGACCACAUGAUCACAUGACCUAGUAAGACUCUGCCUUUCGCCAGUGUAUCAUUCUACCCGGCUCAGCACCUGGUGUCCAGGUCUUUUACGGGAGCUUUCACAUCCAUGGCAUAUUUUGUGUGUGUUGUUGGUAUCCUUUAGGUACAUGUAUGGUUUUUAUGCUCAAAGGGAGGGGGUGAGUUAUUUUGUAAUUUCUCCCCAUUUUAUAUCCCAAAUGGUGCAUUGCAUUCUUGUAUAUUGUGUUGUCUACAAUGUGAGGGUUUGUAUUCUAUAAUCAGUGUAUAAUCUACCAAUAAAGAAAUGCAUGGUGCCUCAAAA